GACAUUAAUUUCGUGAUGAAGGCAGGAUAGUGUAUAGGUUCCCGGUUGGUGCCGGUUAGUCUGGUCAACCAGCAAGCACUACAAACCGCCUUUACAUUUUGGCCUUCGUUCCAACAGCAGCUAAUCCGCGCCUAGUUUCAACGAUCGGCUUGUCCUCUCAAGUCUCGUAGGUGCCAAACUCCCUGGCAAAACAUGCAGCGGCAAACUUCGCGUGAUGCCAAACUCCUUGGGUGCUCCGGCCAGGGAGCAAUAACUCAGUUGGGCUAGGAAAGAAGGGCGAUUGGGUAGGUCUUGGAGCGAAUCAUGUCUGAAUGCACCUCCAAGCAGAAGAUUAAUACAGACUUACAUGGCUUUCUUUUCUGUGUCAAAGGCUUGAUUGAUGCUCUAUAUCAUUUAAUUCUCAAUGCAUCUCAGGAGGAGCCCCAAGUUGUUAAUUAUAAGAAGCGCGUAUCUGGAGCAGAGACAUUCAUACCGCUCGUCCAAUACGUCAGUAGACUGAAACCAGUUAUGCACAUCGUAACUCCUGUUGGCGAGAUGAGGGGAAGGACAUACCAGGUGGUGACAGAAGAAGGCAAGCGCCUCAUGGCUUCACUCAUCAGAACUCUGCAUGAUUUCCACAGAGCUGGGAAGUGCCCCGAGCAAUUUUGCGCAUCAGACAUUGCCGUGACAUCUACUGGCAGAGUGAAACACACAAAUACAAGCUUGCUACGAGGGAAGACCGAUGAACUGGUACUGAGAAACUACGAGGAUGCCCGCGACAUUUUUGAGAAGACGGUAUUCGAUGGGUACGAUCCAACUCUUAUCCCUGAAGACAUUAAGCAUCUGUUGCAGCUGAUGACAUCUCCCGGGGCAAUUUCUGCGGAGUAUGUCAUAAGCACGCAUGCUUCUCUUGUCCCUCUUAGUAACAGGUACCAGUUCUAUCUUGAUAUGUGCGACCAUAUCACAUCUGUGCUGGACGGCAAUCCUGAACAAAAUGACAUCCUUAGUUCUCUGCCCUAUGGUGACAAGUGGGUAGAAAAAUUGGAAGGCAAUCUUCUGCUGGAGGAGUCGUUCCACCGCAGCGGACCAUACGACACCGAAGGAUCAGCCAUGGCCUUUCUGAAGUUCUAUAGGGACACACUCAUGUGUCGAAUGGAAAAUUUUAUGAAGCCUUUCAAGAGCUUUCCAGGGAUGAAACCGUUGGAGUACACAAAAGGCGAUUUUGAAAGUGUCUUGUUGGUCACCUAUCCCAUGUGCCUGCCGAGAAUGCAAGAAGAGCUUGAAAAGCAUAAGCAGCUGAGGGAUUUGAAUCUUCAGAACCUGACCUUCAUUUGAUGCCUCUUCACUACAGGAGACUCAGUUUGUUACUACUAUUGUACUGUGGCUUGUGAUGUUGUACUGUGGUCAUCCUUGAAGGAACUUGGAUAGUUCUUAUUU